AGGCCAAUUCCAAGGCUGCGACCACACCUAAGAAAAAGGCGACAAUCCAGGCGAAGAUCUCCGCCAGUGGACAGAUAACCAGUCCCAAGAAGGAGCUACUAGCUACCCCCAAUCCAUCACCAAAGAAAUUCUCUGGCUUCACAGUUAAACCGGGCAAUUCUGAUGAAGCCCCUGAAAGCUCUCCCCACAAGUCUAGCCUCUCUGCAAAGAAGUGUGACCCAAAGCACAAGGAUUGCUUGCUGCGGGAGUUCAGAAAGUUGUGCGCCAUGGUUGCCGAGAAGCCCAGCUAUAACGUGAAAACGCAGAUCAUUCAGGACUUCUUGCAAAAAGGAACUGCGGGAGAUGGCUUCCAUGGUGACCUCUACCUGACUAUUAAGCUGCUAUUACCAGGUGUUAUUAAAAGUGUUUACAACGUGAACGACAAGCAGAUUGUCAAACUGUUCAGCAGGAUUUUCAACUGCAGCCAGGAUGAGAUGGUCCGAGACCUGGAGCAGGGAGAUGUUUCCGAAACUGUGCGCAUCUUUUUUGAAGAGAGCAAGUCCUGCCCUCCGGCUGCCAAAAGUCUCCUUACCAUCCAGGAAGUGGAUGAGUUCCUCACUCAACUUUCAAAGCUUUCCAAGGAGGACGACCAGCAAAGUGUGCUGCAGGAUAUCGCUAGCAGGUGCACGGGGAAUGACCUGAAAUGCAUCAUCCGGCUAAUAAAGCACGAUCUGAAAAUGAAUGCUGGUGCAAAGCAUGUGUUGGAUGCUUUAGAUCCUAAUGCCUAUGAGGCAUUCAAAGCCUCCCGCAAUCUCCAGAAUGUGGUGGAGCGAGUGCUGAGGAACCAGCAGGAGGCUGAGAAGUUGCCAGGUCUGAAGCGAACCCUCAGCGUCCAGGCCUCACUGAUGACCCCUGUUCAGCCCAUGCUGGCUGAAGCCUGCAAGUCAAUCGACUACGCCAUGAAGAAGUGCCCCAAUGGGAUGUAUGCAGAGAUCAAAUACGAUGGGGAGCGAGUUCAGGUCCACAAGAAUGGAGAUCACUUCAGCUACUUCAGCCGAAGCCUCAAACCUGUCCUCCCUCACAAAGUAGCCCAUUUUAAGGACUUCAUCCCUCAGGCUUUCCCUGGUGGACAUAGUAUGAUCCUGGAUGCGGAAGUUCUUCUGAUUGACAACAAAGCCGGCAAACCGCUACCCUUCGGGACCCUUGGAGUGCAUAAGAAAGCUGCUUUCCAGGAUGCCAAUGUCUGCUUGUUCGUGUUUGACUGCAUCUAUUUCAAUGACACCAGCCUGAUGGACAGGCCCCUGCGUGAGCGUCGAAAGUUUCUCCAUGAUAACAUGGUGGAAAUCCCCAACCGGAUACUUUUCUCCGAGAUGAAGCAUGUCACAAAAGCUUCAGAUCUGGCAGAUAUGAUCAAUCGAGUCAUCCGGGAGGGGCUGGAAGGACUGGUGCUGAAAGAUAUAAAGAGUACGUAUGAGCCCGGUAAACGUCACUGGCUAAAAGUGAAAAAGGACUAUCUGAAUGAAGGUGCCAUGGCUGACACGGCAGACCUGGUGGUUCUGGGAGCUUUCUAUGGACAAGGCAGUAAAGGUGGGAUGAUGUCCAUUUUCCUCAUGGGCUGCUAUGACCCCAAGAGCCAGAAAUGGUGCACGGUGACAAAGUGUGCUGGUGGGCACGAUGAUGCCACCCUGGCUCGCCUGCAGACGGAGCUGGACAUGGUGAAGAUCAGCAAGGAUCCCAGUAAAAUUCCAAGUUGGCUGAAAAUUAACAAGAUCUAUUAUCCAGACUUCAUUGUUCCAGACCCAAAGAAAGCCCCAGUGUGGGAGAUCACAGGUGCUGAGUUCUCUAAAGCAGAAGCCCACACUGCAGAUGGGAUCUCCAUCCGCUUCCCUCGCUGCACCCGGAUCCGAGAUGACAAAGACUGGAAGACUGCCACCAACCUCCCUCAGCUCAAGGAUCUGUACCAGCUCUCCAAGGAGAAGUCCGAUUUCAAUAUCGUUGUAGCAGAGGAGGAAGGGUCCACAGCCAGCAGCAGUGGCGAGAAUGAGGGAAAUUCUAGGUCUUCCACACCCCACAAAAUUGCUAAGACACCCCCAAGCAAGUCACCUGCAAAAGCCAAGAAGCAAGAAGGCAGCAAAGCAGUUGGUCGAUCCCCCCAGAAGAAGGUGGAGGACAAGCGAGGGGAGAAACGGAAAGCAGCCGAGCUGGAUGACAACAGAAAGAAGACGCUGCUGGACAUAUUUACAGGGGUGAAGCUGUACCUACCGCCCUCCGUGGAGCACUUCAGCAAAAUCCGCCGGUACUUUGUGGCGUAUGAUGGAGACCUUGUGCAAGAGUUCGACACUGCCUCAGCAACACACGUAAUAGGGGAUGUUGAUGAGAACCCUGGAGCCAAACGCGUCUCUCCUGACUGGAUCUGGGAGUGUAUCCGGAAACGGAGGCUGGUGGCCCCCUGUUAAAAACUCAAGGCAGCUGCCUGGCCCAACACUGCUGUGCUCUAGGAAGGAACUCCUUAAGGGAACAGCAGCGACUAGGCAGGUGGAAGAGAGGCUGAGAUCUGUCAAAUGCCUGGAGUUCCUCACAGCUGGGCUCUAAGGACCCAUAGCAACCACUUUGAUUUUUAUCAGUGCCAGCUGGAAUGAAUUCAGAGAUCUCACUAAAGAUGGCACCAUUGGAAUCCGUUCUUUCUGUCCAUCAUUUGAACCCAUCCGUUCGAUCUAGGUGCUGAUUUCAUCGAUUUUGUUUUAAAGUUUGGGUAUUUUUAUAAAUAAAAACUACACAAUGGCUUCUCCUUUCCGGUAAGGACAGAUAUUCUUCUCAGGCUGUUCUGUAUCUGAACAGAAGACAAACCCUGGCAGUGUGUAUAACUUCCUAUAGACGUAUUACCAGUAUGAACUUGCUGCACACUACUAUAAUUCAAACAAAAGAAGGCUAGUCUAAACUCUGCCAUUUAUACUGCUUGGUAUUUUCUCCUCGGGGUUUAUUUUAAGACUGUUGCUGGCUAACCUGUUUCAACAAUCAAACCUAUAGGUCAGCAUCCAGAAACAGUUAGACAGUGUUUCAUUUUAAAACGGGGCCAAAUAAACUUCCGUUAAGGGUUUGUGUCA